AUGGAGUCCUCACUUCCUGAAUUACCAGCUGACACAGUUCAACGCAUUGCCUCUGAACUUAGAUGUCACCCCACAGAUGAGAGGGUCGCUCUCCACCUUGACGAGGAAGAUAAACUGAGGCACCUCAGGGAGUACUUUUAUAUCCCCAAAAUGCGGGAUCUGCCUCCAAUUGAUUUAUCGCUAGUGAAUAAGGAUGAAAAUGCCAUCUAUUUCUUGGGAAAUUCUCUUGGCCUUCAACCAAAAAUGGUUAAAACAUAUCUGGAAGAAGAACUAGACAAGUGGGCCAAAAUAGGAGCCUAUGGUCAUGAAGUGGGGAAACGUCCCUGGAUUACAGGAGAUGAGAAGAUUACAGGUCUUAUGACUGACAUUGUAGGAGCCAAUGAAGAAGAAAUAGUGCUAAUGAAUGGUUUGACCGUUAAUUUACAUCUUCUACUGUUAACAUUUUUCAAGCCUACACCAAAGCGGUAUAAAAUUCUUCUAGAAGCAAAAGCCUUCCCUUCAGAUCAUUAUGCGAUUGAGUCACAGCUUCAACUUCACGGACUUAAUGUGGAGAAGAGUAUGCUGAUUAUAAAGCCAAGAGAGGGGGAAGAAAUCUUGAGAACGGAGGAUAUCCUAGAAGUAAUUGAAAAGGAAGGAGAUUCAAUUGCAGUGAUCCUUUUCACUGGGGUACAUUUUUAUACUGGCCAAUUCUUUAAUAUACCUGCAAUCACAAAAGCUGGACAAGCAAAGGGUUGUUUUGUCGGUUUUGAUCUGGCACAUGCAGUUGGAAAUGUUGAACUCCAUUUACAUGACUGGGGAGUUGAUUUUGCCUGCUGGUGUUCCUACAAGUAUUUAAAUUCAGGAGCAGGAGGUCUUGCUGGUGCCUUUGUCCACGAAAAGCAUGCCUAUACAAUAAAACCUGCGUUAGUGGGAUGGUUUGGUCAUGAACUCAGCACUAGAUUCAAAAUGGAUAACAAACUCCAGUUAAUUCCUGGGGCCAGUGGAUUCCGAAUUUCCAAUCCUCCCAUUUUUUUGGUCUGUUCCUUACAUGCUAGUUUAGAGGUCUUUAAACAAACAACCAUGAAAGCAUUGAGGAGAAAAUCUAUUCUGCUAACUGGUUAUCUGGAGUACAUGAUCAAGCAUUACUAUAACAAAGAUAAAGCAGAAAGCAAGAAACCACAUGUGAACAUAAUUACUCCAUCCAAUAUAGAAGAUCGAGGCUGCCAGUUAACACUAACAUUUUCUGCUCCAAUGAAAUACAUUUUCAAAGAACUAGAAAAAAGAGGAGUAGUUUGUGACAAGCGGGAACCAAAUGGCAUUCGAGUGGCUCCGGUUCCUCUCUACAAUUCUUUCCAUGAUGUUUAUAAAUUUGUUACUCUGCUCAUCUCUGCACUUGACUCUGCAGAAGCAAAAUCUUAG